CGUUGUCCUGGUGCAUCUUCGUGGCUGCUCGUCCCUAUCGUCCUCUUCUUCCUGGUCCUCGGUGUAAUCUGUCCAUCCUCGAUGUCCUCGAAAGUCUCUCACAAGUCCUCCUUGACUUUGGAUUUGUCUAGACUUCCUCGUAGUCCUUGUCCAGGCUUAACUCAGCGGCGUCCUUGUCCACAUAUGCUCACAGAUCCCGUCCAGGUCCUUCUUGGCAGCAUUCUCGAUCUCUACGUCCUAGUAAUCUUCAUCUGGAUCUACGGGCGUCUGGGCAGGGGCAGCAUUUCAGGGCAGCUGAUACCUGCACUGACAAGCUCCUGGAACUGACUGGAUCUGCCUGCGUCCGCCAGGCAUCGUCCAUCCACAGCAUCCUGGGGCGACUGGUACCUGCGCUAGCGAGUUCCUGGUUCUUCGCUGGAUCUAUGGGCGUCUCGGCAGGCAGCGCCUGUCCACUACA